AAUGACAUAUUUGAUCACCAGAGUCUUGGGAUGCAAGCAGAAGCCUCCACGUGGCGCAUCCCGGGCAAUGCUGACGACAUAAACUGUACCACGGUGACUGACUGAAGUAGCUAAUUCUGCAACUACCGACCGUCAACCGUCACUGACCGACCGGAAAUACGUGAUAUAGAAGAUGGCUGGACACGAGGAAGAAGACCAGAGUCUUCAUGUUUACACAGGUGAUAAAACAUAGGUUAACAUGGGCGAUGCAAAGGGGAACAUUUUUUCUUUGAUCCUGGCUACUGUGGUUCUGACCAUGUUGCUCUUAGCCGACAUGCUGGAGGCUAACGUUCUUCGCCGGCUCUUGAAAAGGGAAGUUGAUGAAGACAAAAUAGCUGUGGAGCCCAAAGAAGCAAACAAUUUUUUAAGCAAAUUGAUACGUUCAAAACGUCAUACAAAAUGGCAUCAAUUUUCCCCUGAUUUCUGGAAGGCAUAUCAGCAUUUUUCUGACAUAGGAUUUGAUGAAGGAGUAUAUGAAAUGGACAGAACGUAUCUGCAAUAUAUUCAAGCCAAGAAUAGAGAUGAAUCUGCCCGGUCACAUCAAGCACUUCUGCAGCAUCUACGGGAAGCGGAAUGUGACACCACAAAAGAUCCUGACUGUCAGACUGCCAGUGUUGUUCACAAACGUUUACCUGCCGUUCAGAAGGCAUGCGAUCCCUACAGAGAUCCGCAUUGCAGGACGGAACCUCCUCCGUGUGAUCCAACCAAGGAUCCAUAUUGCGUCCCCAGGGCACUCUCUUGUGACCCAAAGACAGACCCCUAUUGUAGAACGGACGCGUACGCUUGUGACCCCAGGACAGAUCCUUACUGCAGAAGAGCAGCGGCAUAUUCCUGUGAUCCAAAGAUAGACCCCUAUUGCAGAGCAGAGUCACCCUCCUGUGAUCCCAGGAGGGAUCCAUAUUGCAGAGCAGAAUCAUACCCUUGUGAUCCACGGAGAGACCAGUACUGUAACGUUGAGCGCUGCGAUCCAUACAGGGACCCCAGCUGUAAAACUCAAUUGCAAUCGUGUGACCCGCAGAAAGAUGGUCAUUGCAUCCCGGAAUUGCAUUCUAGGCAGUUAGCACCAUUCCCAUGUGACCCGCGAUACGACUCAAAGUGUAAUCAGCAGUUGUACUCUUAUGCACAAUAUGCUGAAUUGGUGAACAAGUACUGUACCCCCUACGACCCAGAGAGCCCUCACUGCCAGGCUUUGGUUGCAUACCUCAAGCAAACGUGUGAUCCGUACACGGAUCCAAACUGCUUUCCAAGGUCAAAGGAGGAAGUGCAUUCUGCCUGUGACCCUGCACGUGACCCCUACUGCCGUUCUGCUGUGGCUGUGUCUAAAACUCCAUAUGAUUGUGACCCAUACUAUGACCGCAACUGCCAUUCGGCAUUCCACCCCAAGGACGAGCCUGCCCCAGACACAGAGUGCGAUCCCAGGUCUGGCCGUCGCUGUAGUCCCGACACACAUGAAUAUGGUGCUGACAACGAGUUUCGCUGUGAUCCAUAUUAUGAUGCCAACUGUCGUCAAAAUGUGAAAUCCAUUGACCGAGUUGGCAGGUCACAAGCCUCGUAUAGAGGCCGGACAAAGGAAGGGUAUUCAUGUGACCCCGACUAUCAUCCCGACUGCUAUCCCAUCCGUAAUUCCCAAACUGCCGUUGCUUGUGAUCCGUCCGAUGCUGACUGUCUUGGAAAUGAGGAAAAUAAUCAUGUACCGGAAAACGGCCGAAAUUGUGACCCGACUCGUGAUCCAUAUUGUCCUGAAACAGCAGCCACGGAAAAUUGUGACCCGUACACAGAUCCCGAGUGUAACGCCCGGUACCAGGCAUGGGAACAACAGAGAGACUUAGAGAGUUGUGAUCCGUACACAGAUCCCGAGUGUAACGCCCGGUACCAGGCCAGGGAACAACAGAGAGACUUAGAGAACUGUGACCCACGCACUGAUCCCGAGUGUUAUUCCCUGCACCAAGCUAGACAGCGACAGCGAGAAGAAACAGAGAACUGUGACCCGUACACAGAUCCCGAGUGUAACGCCCGAUACCAGGCCAGGGAACAACAGAGAGACUUAGAGAACUGUGACCCACGCACUGAUCCCGAGUGCAGAUCACAAUCCAGGUCUAGAGAACACCAGAGAGUGCCCACAGAGAACUGUGACCCACGCACUGAUCCCGAAUGUAACGCCCGAUACCAGGCCAGGGAACAACAAAGACGAGAUUCGGAGAACUGUGAUCCACGCACUGAUCCCGAGUGUUAUUCCCUGUACCGAACUAGACAGCGACAGAGAGAAGACACAGAGAACUGUGAUCCGUACACUGAUCCCGAGUGUUAUUACGCUCUAUAUUACGCCAGGGAAAAGCAGAGAGCUAGUGCGGAGAAUUGUGACCCAUCCGUUGAUCCUGAGUGCGAAUCCCAAUCCCGCACUUGGGAGCAAGAAAGAGGAGCCACGGAGAACUGCGACCCUUCCAGGGAUCCCGGUUGUCAACUCAAAACGCCUUCAAGAGAGAAAGAGGGAAUAGCCACUGGGAAGUGUGAUCCCUACACUGAUCCUGAGUGUUAUUCCCGAUCACAUGCCAGGGAGAAAGAAAGAACAGCAGCAGAGAAUUGCGACCCUAACACUAACCCUGCAUGUAAUUCCCAAACCCAUAGUAAACAAGAGAGAACGGACGUAGAGCAGUGUGACCCGUACACUGAUCCUCAAUGUUAUUCCCGAUCCCACGCUGGAGGGGAUGAAGAAAUAGCCACUGAGAAGUGUGACCCGUACACUGAUCCUGAAUGCUACUAUUCCUUAUUCCGGGCUAGAGAGCAGGAAAGAACGACUACAGGAAACUGCAAUCCUAGUUUUGAAUCCGAUUGUAAUGGAUACGAGUCUCAAGUGAACGAGCAAUACCGGACAACCGUUGAAGAUUGUGAUACAGACUAUGACCCCAACUGCAACAACCGACCAACUAACUCAGGUGAAUCAAACCGCGAUUGCCCAUCUGACCUGGAUCCUGAUUGUAGCGGCACUCCUUCCCACAGCAGUGAGAAAACUGAUACUGAAGAAUGUGACCCUUAUGACCCUUACUGUGGUAGAGAGGCAAUGGAUUAUCAUCCAUCAGAGAAGGAUCUUACUUGUGACCCUGACUACCAUCGUGAUUGUGCCUCAUCUGAGGCUCACGAGGAUGACCAAGCUCACAAAGAAGACUGCGACCCGAUCUAUGACUCCAGCUGCCACAAUGAAGAGGAGGAUGUGUAUGAAACAGACUCUGACUGUGAUCCCGAGUAUGAUGUCGAAUGCCAUGUGCAGCGAUUCGCCUUUAAGGAUGAAGAGCUCGAUUCCCAAGACAGGGGUCGCUAUGAAAUGAUCUGUGAUCCAGAUCUUGAAUACUCGUGUCCUUUCGAGAAUGAUGUCAAUGAUGUGACAACAUCUUACGAUGACUAUCACCUGGCAUAUAACCCUUACAGUGCAGGGUAUGAUAAACUUUAUCAAGGCGAUCAGGAGACAGAUGGAACUGAAAAGGAAGAUGAUUCCCAAGGAAAUCCAAAUUAAUCUGAAGAUAAAAUUUAAAUUUCUUUACCUUUUUAGCUUUGAACAAAAAGCUAUUUAUAAUGUUUAUUCAUAUUGUAUAUCUUUGUAAAAUGUUAGAAAAUGGAAGGGAUAUUGAUCAAAAAGCAUUGGUUUAAGUAAAUGAAAUACUUUGUUUCUCACUAAUCCGUGUCAGAGCCAGGUGUUUUUACGGGAAUUCUUGAAUGCAGCAUUUUUCAAUAUGUUGAUCAUAAACAGAGUAGAUAUCUUAAAAUAUAAUUGGCCACCAAAGAUAUACUCUUUCAUAGACUAAUGUAGUAACAGCAGCUAAAUCAUGUACAAUCCUAGGAAGAUUUUGAUGGCUCUCUAUGGUAUAGCUUCCAUAUUAUGAAAAAACAAUAAACAUUUUUAUUUCUUGUAAGGUAUCAGCAUAUGCAAAUAAAAAAAUGUGUUGAUUUCU